AUGGCGAAUCUGGUGUCACAUGUAACUACAUACUGCUACUGGCAAACACCCAACUACUGGAAAAUACAUCUAUCUUCAUGCUGCUACCGGCAGACACCUAACUACCGGCAGUCACAUUUAACUACAUACUACUACAGGCAAAUACAUCUAAAUACUGGCAUCACAUCUAACUACAUACUGCUACCGGCAAACACACAACUACCGGCAAAUACUUCUAACUUCAUACUGCGACCAAAAAACACGCAACUACCAGCAAAUACAUCUAACUUCAUACUGCUACCGGUAGACACCCAAAAUUAUACUGCUACCGGCAAAGACAUCUAAAAUUAUACUGCUACUGGCAAACACCUAACUACCGGCAGUCAUAUCUAACUUCAUACUGCUACCGGCAAACACCCAACUACCGGCAAAUACUUUUAACUUCAUACUGCUACCGGCAAACACCUAACUACCGGCAGUCACAUUUGACUACAUACUACUACAGGCAAAUACAUCUAACUACCGGCAGUCAUAUCUAACUACAUACUGCUACCGGCAAACACACAACUACCGGCAAAUACUUCUAACUUCAUACUGUGCCCAAAAAACACCUAACUAUCAGCAAAUACAUCUAACUUCAUACUGCUACCGGUAGACACCCAAAAUUAUACUGCUACCGGCAAAGACAUCUAAAAUUAUACUGCUACUGGCAAACACCUAACUACCGGCAGUCAUAUCUAACUUCAUACUGCUACCGGCAAACACCCAACUACCGGCAAAUACUUUUAACUUCAUACUGCUACCGGCAAACACCUAACUACCGGCAGUCACAUUUGACUACAUACUACUACAGGCAAAUACAUCUAACUACCGGCAGUCAUAUCUAACUACAUACUGCUACCGGCAAACACACAACUACCGGCAAAUACUUCUAACUUCAUACUGUGCCCAAAAAACACCUAACUAUCAGCAAAUACAUCUUAACUACAUACUGCUACCGGCAAACACACAACUACCGGCAAAUACUUUUAACUUCAUACUGCUACCGGCAAACACCUAACUACCGGCAGUCACAUUUGACUACAUACUACUACAGGCAAAUACAUCUAACUACCGGCAGUCAUAUCUAACUACAUACUGCUACCGGCAAACACACAACUACCGGCAAAUACUUCUAACUUCAUACUGUGCCCAAAAAACACCUAACUAUCAGCAAAUACAUCUAACUACAUACUGCUACCGGCAAACACACAACUACCGGCAAAUACUUUUAACUUCAUACUGCUACCGGCAAACACCUAACUACCGGCAGUCACAUUUGACUACAUACUACUACAGGCAAAUACAUCUAACUACCGGCAGUCAUAUCUAACUACAUACUGCUACCGGCAAACACACAACUACCGGCAAAUACUUCUAACUUCAUACUGUGCCCAAAAAACACCUAACUAUCAGCAAAUACAUCUAACUUCAUACUGCUACCGGUAGACACCCAAAAUUAUACUGCUACCGGCAAAGACAUCUAAAAUUAUACUGCUACUGGCAAACACCUAACUACCGGCAGUCAUAUCUAACUUCAUACUGCUACCGGCAAACACCCAACUACCGGCAAAUACUUUUAACUUCAUACUGCUACCGGCAAACACCUAACUACCGGCAGUCACAUUUGACUACAUACUACUACAGGCAAAUACAUCUCACUACCGGCAGUCAUAUCUAACUUCAUACUGCUACCGGCAAACACCUAACUACCGGCAAAUACAUCUAACUUCAUACUGUGACCGACAAACACCUAACUACCGGCACAUACAUCUAACUUCAUACUGCUACCGGCAAACACCCAAUUACCAGCAGUCACAUCUAACUACAUACAGCUACCGGCAAACACCUAACUACCGGCACAUACAUCUAACUUCAUACAGGGCCGCCACCAGAAACUGUGGGGCACCUAACACAGCCCAAGGUCUGGGCCUCUGGGUGCCUGCCUCCAAGCCUCGCCUCCAAAUCCCACCAACAGGAAUACACACACAGACACAAAAGGACACAGACAUACACACAGAAAGAUACACAAAUACUGAAACAGACAUACACACAUACAAGCAUACUGACACACACAUACUAAAACAGACACACACAUAUAUAAGGAGAUACAGAUACACACACACAUACUGACAUACAGAAACACACACACUGAUGUACAUACAUACUCACAUACUGAUACACACAUACAUACAUACACAGAAAUACAUACACAUACAUACAUACAGACAUACACACACACAUACAUACUGCCAUACACACAUACUGACAUACACACAAACAUACAUACUGAUAGAUAUAUACAUACAUACAUACACACAUACAUACUGACAUACACACAAAGACAUAUAUACAUACUGACCCACACACACAUACAUAUAGAUACAUACAUACACACAUACAUACUGACAUACAUACACAUACAUACAUACAGACAUACACACACAUACAGAUAUAUAUAUAUACAUACAUACACAGAAACAUACAGGCAUACACACACAUACUGACAUACACACACAUACAUACUGAUAGAUAGAUAUAUACAUACAUACACACAUACAUACUGACAUACACACAAAGACAUAUAUACAUACUGACAUACACACACACAUACAGAUAGAUACAUACACACAUACAAACUGACAUACACACACAUACAUACAUACACAUACAUACUGAUAGAUAUAUUCAUGCAUACAUACACACGUACAUACUGACAUACACACAAAGACAUAUAUACAUACUGAUAUACACACACAUAUACAGACAGAAGCAUACACACAUACAUACUGACAUACACACACACAUACAUACUGAUAGAUAUAUACAUACAUACACACACCCACAGACAUACAUACACACACCCACAGACAUACAUACACACAUACAUACUGAUAGAUAUAUACAUACAUACACACACACACAAACAUACAUACACACACCUCAUUUAUCAGCCACCCUCCUCUUCCUUACCUUCUCAUUGCAGGAUGGUGGCUGGGGAUGAUGGGAGCAGAUGCCUCUACUCGGCUGUCUCUCCCCCCGCGCGGAGUAAGCUGGGAGGAAGUGACUGGCCGUCACUUCCUCCCAGCAGCAUUUGUGGUGCAGCAGCAAUUUUUUUUAAAGAGGCCUAGUCGCGCUGUCACGCGUCCGCAGUGCUGACCGGCUCCUGAAGAUAUAGGGCCCAUCGGGAGGCCCUAAAUGCUUGGGCCACCUGAUGGGCCCCGGUACAGAUGCACCUGCGGCAGUUUCGCUGCUCCACGUGGGGGGUCGGGCCCCCUAGGGCUGCCAGGCCCGUGACAACCAUUAUGGUUGUCACCCACUGAUGGCGGCCCUGACUUUAUACUGCUACCGGCAGACACCCAACUACCGGCAAAUACAUCUAACUUCUUACUGCAACCAGCAAACAUCUAACUACCGGCAGUCACAUCUAACAACAUACUGCGACCGGCAAACACCUAAUUACCAGCAGUCACAUCUAACUACAUUCAUCUACCGGCAAACACCCAACUACCAGCAAAUACAUCUAACUUUAUACUGCAACCGGCAGACACCCAACUACCGGCAGUCACAUCUAACUACAUACUGCUACCGGCAAACACCUAACUACUGGCAAAUACAUCUAACUUUAUACUGCAACCGGCAAACACCUAAUUACCGACAGUCACCUCUAACUAAAUACUGCUACCGGCAAACACCCAAUUUUCCAGCAGUCACAUCUAACUACAUGCAGCUACCGGCAAACACCUAA